AUGGCGAUGAAAAGUACCGCGGAUAUUCUCAGUGUCUUUCUCAAGGACGUCCAGACCAUCCGGUACUCUGAGCUGGCGUCGAGUAUAAUCAUUGUUUAUGACCAACUUCUGACGCUGGACCAGGAGUACGAGCUCAUUUGGCACGUUACUCGACGUUUCUUCAUAUUUGACCAACCUCUGUCGGUUACAGUUCUGUACCUAUCAUGCCUACAAUCACUCGUAUCGUUGACAACUGAAAUUCACACUGUAGGUCUCACCUGGUAUCGAUGGCAAGGCUGGACAGGCGUCAUCACUUUUGUGAUCGCCGAACUCAUCCUCCAACUCAGGCUGUACGCGCUAUACCUCCUCGACAAGCGUAUCCUGAUCUUCAUGGUGACGUGCUCUCUUGCCGCUGCUGCGUCCUCCGCGGCGAUCAUGGGCUCGGUCCUGGCCAACAUCACAGCGACGGCACACCCGUUCCCCGGGUACUCGUUCUGCUACGCGAGCGGGAUCUCGGCCCAUUUCUACGCGUUCUGGAUCCCGAUGCUCGUAUCGGAGAGCGUGCUGUGCGGUCUCGCGCUCGUGCGCUUCAUGCAGUCGCACCGCGCGCGCUCGACGCUGUUCAUGUCCGGGAUGCGGCUCGUCGAGCGGCUCAUCCGCGACUCGGUGUUCUAUUUCAUUGUGUCCGAGAUGUGGCGUCGGCGUCGGAUGUUCGCCACAUAUCUGGUGAACGCGAUCGUGUUCGUCGUCGGGACGACAGCGGAAGUGGAGAUCCCGGUCGGCUUUGCGGUGGCACUGUCGUGCAUACUGGGAAAUCGGCUGUGUCUCAACGUCCGGGGGAUGAUUCGGGCGGAGCAAGAGCUGUCUUGUACGUCGUUCUCGGUGACGGUCGAGGACUCGCGGCUGCCGACGACGAACGAGAUGCCUGUGUUUACCGUCGAGAGCGGCUCGCAGCUUCCUGCGAUACAGCUGUCGGAGCUGCGGACGAUGAAGUCGACCAGGAGCUGGUGA